AUGGAAUCGAAAGAACAUUCCAGUCAAACAGUAGCUCCGAAGUCCGGCGAUCCAGACCAGUUGGUGAUUCCGAAAAAUUGUUUCAAUUUCAUUGCGAAUCUAAUCAGCGAAACCAACCUGAUGCUAAUAUCCGAACCCAAAGUGGUCGUUGGGCGCCUAACACCUGAAGGGGAUAUAGAUUUCCCGGUGUCCACGAAUAAGAUGAUCUCUCACAAACACUUCGUUAUCGAGUACAUCGAGAGUGAGUUUUGGUUGGUCUGCUUGAGCAAGAACGGCAUCUUCGUUAAUGAUAUGUUAGUGCCGAAGGAUGCCAAUCCGUAUAUGUUACCCAAAACGUGCUACUUCCGCUUUCCUUCCACCAGUAUUAAGCUGUUUUUCAAUAAUCUCAUCAGAAGGAAACCACACAUUGGUGUGCUGAUGGAUCGGCAGGAUCUGUUGACGUUUAUGUCAAACUUGGCGGUUCAGAAGACGGAAACCAAUAUGGGGGAGUUCUCCAUUAGCACUAGCAACGAACACGCAGUGGUUCUCGCGGAGAGUAAAAUUGUUAGUUCAUUCUUAAUGGACAUGUUGUUGCAAUUGGUACCAAUGCGUAAUCUACCCACUGAACAGGUCGCAAUCAACCGGGAAGAAGCAGAUGAGCCGAUGGUUGAAGGUGACGUGCAUGAAACGGUUUCCGAGACCCCACCACCUGAUGAUGUAAAACCAUCAUUUAGCUACGCACAGUUGAUCGCCGAAGCCAUUGUAGCAUCACCUAAGCAGCAGUUGACGCUCUCGGAAAUUUAUUCUUACUUAAUGGAAAAGUAUCCGUACUUUCGCAUGAAACCGAAUGGUGGUUGGCAGAACUCAAUUCGGCACAAUUUAAGCUUGAACCAAUACUUUGUCAAGGUCCCGCGUACGAGUAAAAAUGUUGGAAAAGGAUGCUACUGGCGGAUUGAUCCUACUGUUUACUGCAAAGCGAUGGCAAAUCGUCCCCAAAAGAAUAAGCAUUUAAUGUCAAAGAUUAUCUUGAAGAGAUGUAUGUCCAAACCAGCCUCGAUGAAUCAUUAA